AUGGCUCACAUCACCUCCCAAGAUGCCAUCCAGAGCAUAACCGACGCCGUGAACAACGUAUUCCUUGGCGGCAAUGACGAUUCGGAAGGGACACGCGGCAAUGAGGCCUUUGAUCUCAGCCCCAUCGACGUGGUCGUUACACGCAUCAUGCUCACAAAGGGCAAGAAGCUGCCGCCCAGUGUCGUCGAUGUCAUCUUUGACUUUGCAGAGUACUGGGCGCAUUCGAGCAAUGAGAUCGACUAUAUGCUUCAGCAUCAGUCUCCCUUGCGAGUGAAUGGUGCAAGUGCUAGCGAGGACAGGUUUUUGCUUCGCUCGUUCCCUGUAGGUCUCACAGGAAUCGAAGGCAAGGAGGAUCUCGCAGAGGUGUUGGCCUACGAUACAAAUGAGGCCAAGCCGAGACCUCUAGGAAAAGAGCACGACCCUUCGUACUUUGCCAAGCUCGCCGACUAUCCCACCCCGAAGCUACUGCAUCCCGUGCGCAAAGUGGUCUUUUCGAUACGCAGUAAAGAUCAAGGUUGGGGUGGUGAGAGGGAAGAUCACCAUACAUACCAUGGGUCUUGGACUUGGUUUGAGGCUGGACUGGAGAGAUUCGACGCGGAGCAGACUUGCGAUCCAUUGUGUACCUACGAUGUUCGAUUCAAAUCAUCAUCCUCCAAAGAGUCACCACUACCAAUCUGCGGACUACGCCCUCUCUACCCCUCCAUCGUGCCCGAGGAAGAAAACGACGAGAGCAAGUUCAAGUACUCGCAUCCCCUGUUCCGCCAGGAUAAAUGGACCAUCAAGGGCAACCUGACGGCGCAUCGGCAAUGGCAAGACCACGUUGUGACUUGGUCGUGGACGGACGACAUCCAGCCCGACACGGAGGCGGCUGAGAAGCUCGCCCUCGACGAGGGCAGAGGCAAGGAGACGGGCGACGGGUGGUUCGUCAGGGAUCUGAAGCUGGGAGAUGUCAUUACUGUCUGGGCAAAGGCGAGGUUUGGGGGGUGGGCGAAUCAUGUUCAGAGGGUUCGCAUUGAUGUUUACUGGGCGGUUUAG